GGUGCUGGGUGCACUGCACUGGUGGUAGCUGUGGUGGCAAGGAAGUUAGAACUUACCAAAGCUGAAAAACAUGUGCAUAAUUUCAUGAUGGACACCCAGCUAACUAAAAGAGUGAAAAAUGCAGCGGCCAAUGUACUCAGGGAAACAUGGUUAAUUUAUAAAAGUACAAAGCUGGUUAAAAAGAUAGACCAUGCGAAAGUAAGGAAACAUCAACGAAAAUUCUUGCAAGCUAUUCAUCAAUUAAGAAGUGUAAAAAUGGAACAAAGGAAACUGAACGAUCAAGCCAACACUUUGGUGGACCUGGCAAAGACUCAAAACAUCAUGUAUGACAUGAUUUCUGACUUAAAUGAAAGAAGUGAAGAUUUUGAGAAGAGAAUUGUUACUCUGGAAACUAAACUGGAAACUUUAAUUGGUAGCAUUCAAGCUCUCCCUGGACUGAUUAGCCGGACAAUCAGCCAACAACAGAGGGAUCUCCUUGAGGCUCAGAUAGAAAAUUAUAAAUAUGUUGCCUACAGUGCUGAGCAAUCGUGGUCUUUGUCAAGAAGAAGGAGAUACUGCUCCACAGCACCACCAACUUCAUCAGAGAGUAGCUAG